AUUAAUUAUAUAUUUCCGAGGAAGCAUACAUGUAUGCUUGGUUAAUUGAGUAUAUAUUUUUGGUGAAUGUUUUUCGUUUCAAGCAUGAAUAUGACAACUGAAGAUGAAGAAGAUUUUGUCGAACGUCAACAACAAACAAGAGGUGAACACGUGGUGACAAUCACUGUCGACAAUACAACUGGUAGCCACAUUCAAGGUUCUACACAUCUUAAGGAAUUAAGGUACCAGUCGAAGGCACAUCAACUAUCAAGCAGUACAAAACUAUGGAAAUCUCACGAUGAUAUAUACACAACAACCCAAGAUAUUCCGAAUGGUUUAAGUCUGCUACGAUAUCUUCCAUCUAGUCCAGUUGAAAGUUCGUACCAACAGUUCAUAAAGCCUAAGUCUAAUAUACGGAGUUAUUUGAUAGACGAAACUGGGUCCCAGCUUGAGAUUAGUGAAAUGAGUAAGUCGAAAUACACAAGUCCAGCACUAGGUCUCGGAUACAAGAGAAGGGAAGAUGUUGCGUACACGAACCCUGCGUUCAUUGACUCCAAAUCAUCAAUUUUAAACGAACCCGAAACAAAGGAUAUAGUCACCGUUGUUCAAGAUAUCAGUUUUAAAACCAACGGUCAUCCACAAGCUAUUAAUUUUGAAGAAGAUUCAAAACAUAAAUCUAACGGCUCCAUAAAGGGGAGCAGUAAUCUAGAAAAUCAUGGAAAAUCUACGCCGACAGCUCAAGUUAUGCCAAAUGUCCAUUUCAAGUAUGACAUCCCUGAUGAACUAAGCGACAGUGUCAAAAUAAACAUGGUGGAAGAUGUUGGAAAUAACUCAAACGGAAGUACAGAAUUUCCCAGAAGUUCACCGGAUGCUGAUGUACAAUCUAAAAUUAUCCACGACAAGACCAAUAAUAAUAUAGUACCUGUAGAUACAAAUAUUGCAGAAGAUGAAGAGGUUAAAUGGUUGGCAUGGAUGGAAGUACAGUUCAAAAAGAUUGCAGGGGAAGAUGGAGAGAUAAGUUUGGAAGAGUUCAAAAAUGCAUUGGGGGUGAAAAAGUCCUUUUUUGCUGAACGUUUCUUCACCUUGUUUGAUAGUGACAGAAGUGGUUCUAUAGAAUGUGACGAACUCAUGGUUGGUCUCCGUAAACUAACCAAGGGGACACCAGCAGAAAAACUCAAAUUCCUCUUUGAUGUUUAUGAUGCAAAUGAAAGUGGUACUAUUGACAUUGAUGAGCUGAAGACCGUGUUAAGAUCGUGCAUGGAGGAAAGUUCCUUACAGUUGAGUGAGGAUGAUUUAGACAGUCUGACUGCUUUGUUGUUUGAAUCAGCUGAUGAAGACGGAAGUGGGGAAAUAUCAUUUGACGAACUGAAAGCGGAACUGGAGAAACAUCCGGGUGUUAUUGAAAAUUUAUCAAUCAGUGCCGCCCAGUGGAUGAAACCGCCAAGUAAGAAGAAACAAAAGGAUGGUUUCUCAAGAUAUUUCACAAAAAGAUAUAUUCUAAAUAAUGUACGAAAAGUGUUGUUCUUUUUGUGGUAUGUUUUGGCAAACAUUGGAUUUGGAAUUUAUGCUGGUUGGAACUAUCGGACAUCGAAUGGAUUUAUCAUUGCUGCCAGAGUUUGUGGAAUGAAUUUGAAUUUCAACUGUAUGUUUAUACUCGUUCUAAUGCUCCGUAAAUCGUUGACGUAUCUGCGUAUGACAAAAAUAGGCAAUUUACUGCCGAUUGAUCAACAUAUUUUAUUUCACAAAAUGGUGGGAAUCAUGAUAGCGUUUUACAGCGCUGUUCAUACAAUCGCUCAUUUUGGGAAUGCAUUUUUACUGGAUAAAUCCAGAGACGAUCUGAAGCUUUGGGAGAUUUUAUUUACAACCAAAGCGGGGUUUGGAUGGGUUUACGACACAGCUAUUCUGACUGGAUGGGGAUUAGAUAUUAUAGUGAUCAUAAUGGUCAUUUGUUCAAUGCCAUUUGUCCGGAGGAGUGGACACUUCCAGGUGUUCUACUGGACACAUAUGUUGUAUGUACCGUUCUGGAUUCUUGUUAUCAUCCAUGGUUCUAACUUCUGGAAAUGGUUUGUAGCUCCUGGGCUUCUGUUUAUAUUGGAAAAGCUUUCAAGAUCAAAAUUUAUAAAGAGAGCGCGAUAUGGUAAUACUUAUAUCGAAGAAAUUACAUUAUUGCCGUCUGGGGUCACACACUUAGAAAUUUCAAGACCUGAUAAUUUCUCUUACAAAGCAGGGGAUUACUUGAAUAUACAAAUUCCUGCAAUUGCUGAACACGAAUGGCAUCCAUUUACAAUAAGUAGUGCACCAGAAAUGGACGGAAGAUUAUGGCUACAUGUAAGAUCAGCUGGACACUGGACAAAGAAAUUAUACGAGCACUUUGAGAAUUACGACCCCGGAGAAACCGAGGACCUAGACGAUGACCAUUGUCCAAUGGAUGACAUUGAAAGACGGCGCAAGUCUGCCGUAGGUUCAAGGAGAAAGUCAACAAUUGAGGUAUCAAAUGCCAUGCAGUUUGGUCGUCAGAGAAGCAAAUCAAUGGGUUUUGUGAAGCCCUCCUUCGACAAGAAAGAAGUAGAGAAGCAAAACAGAAUAAAAAAGAAAAACAAGCACGUGAGAGUAAAGUGUUACAUUGAUGGACCCUAUGGGACAGCAACUAGAGAAAUUUUCCAAACAGAGCAUGCAAUACUAGUUGGAGCAGGAAUAGGAGUAACCCCAAUGGCGUCCAUUCUUCAAAGUAUAAUGUACAGAUAUAAAGAAUCAAAACGUACCUGUCCUAAAUGUUCACAUUCCUGGUUCGGAUCAAUGGCCCAUACCGCAAUGAAAACAAGAAAGGUUGAUUUUGUGUGGAUAAACAGAGAUCAGAAAUCAUUCGAAUGGUUCGUAAGUCUUCUAACAAACCUAGAAAUCGAACAGUCCCUUGAUAACGAAGAAGAAGAUGAUAGUAAAAUUAUAGACAUGCAUAUGUUUAUGACCGCAGCACAGAAAAAGACAGACAUGAAAGGCAUAGGAUUACAAAUAGCAUUAGAUCUCAUGCAUGAGAAAUCAAACAAGGAUUUAAUAACGGGGUUAAAAACUAAAACACAGCCAGGACGACCUGACUGGAAUAAGCUGUUCAAAUCAUUUGAAGGAGAGAAUAAAGGAAAAAUAAAGGUUUUCUUUUGCGGUGCACCACAGUUAGGCAAGAUCAUAAAAGAAGCUGCAGAAAGAUUUUCAUUUGCGUUUUCUAAAGAAAACUUUUAACAUCGAAACAUUUGGAUAUUUAUUUUAUCAUUUUCAGUGAAUCAAAUGUUGUUAAGCAUUUAUAUUGAGUAUUAGUAGAUUCUCUAAAGGGAACAGACAUAAUACGUUAGACUUUUAAAAUAGUUUAUCGGUGUGAACAAUUUGAAGUUCCAGCACUGUAUAAACACCGUUUAUCGCCAUAUGCAUGCAUACCAAUACCGGUGAAAAACACAUCUCCCUGGUUGUUUCAAGUAUCGAAAAAAACAAAGUCAUCCGUAAUGAGCCAGGGAGGAAAACGAAUAUUUUGAAUAUUUUAAAAAAUUCAAAUCUUUUGAUCUAAUUUGUUUAUUCAAAAACUAAAGUGAUAAAAGGCUCUUAAUCGAAUUAAUGGUCGAAACGUUCACAAUAGUUUUAACAUGUCUACUUUUAAAUUGGUGUUCCCAAUAUAUAUAUAUAUAUAUAUAUAGUUUAAACAGGGCCAUGCCUAGCUUAAAUUAGAUUUCGAUGUCAGAAAAAGUUGUGUAAUUUCAGAAUUUAUCCGGAUUGUUAUGCAUAGGAUUAUGGUAUAUUUGUCCUAUGGACACAUAUUAUUUUGUACGUUACAGCAUGUUUUUAUUUUGUUAUUUCUUUUAAGUUUUUAUAGUGCAGAAAUCAACAAGUUAUGUAUCUCUAAUUUGUAAAGUUUGCUACAUUUGUAAUAAAAACAAAACCGAUAACGUGUUGGCUUA